GGUUACAUUCACACAUACACACACACACAAAACAAAACGUUGCGGUUUUAGUCCGACCCACUCAUUCACGCACCUGCGAAAUAUUUACCGAGCGGUCAGCCACUACCACCACCACGCUUCGUAAUCGAUAAAUGUCAACCUGCUGUGAUUUUAUUUGGUUCUGGCGGUAAUUUGCAGUUUGUUUUAUGGCAUGAUAUAAAAUGCGUUGUUCGGAUUGGGGGCGUGUCUCCAAGCGCGAUCCGUAGGAAACAUUCCUUUUCCAGGGAUAUUUUAUUACAUAAAUUAGUAACGUUGAUCCCCUAACCGCCUGUCUCUUGGUAGUGUGAAUUAGACCGCAUUCACAAUAUGUGAGUUCGUUAUUGUCUCUAUCUGUGAGGGUUUUAAGCAGUAGCAGCGCGCUUUCAGUUCUCCUUUCCACUGAAGCUGAACGGGCCCCGUCUCGUCUCAUAAUAUCCUCAAACAUGGAGCACGCCGGCUGCGUCAACAUCUGCAGUCUCACCAGCACCUUACCGGUGAUCCCGUACCGGAAACUAACGGACCUGCACUACAUCAGUAAAGGCGGCUUCGGGACCGUGUUCAGGGCGCAGCACAGCGACUGGCGCACCACGGUGGCGAUCAAGUGCUUGAAACUGGAUUCACCGGUUGGUGAGAGGGAGAGAAACUGUUUAUUGAAGGAAGCUGAGGUGCUUCACAAAGCUCGAUUUAACCACAUCAUCCAGAUCUUUGGGGUUUGUAAUGAGCCCGAGUUCUUCUGCAUUGUGACUGAGUACAUGACCAACGGAUCACUGGACGAGCUCCUGCAUGAGAAAGAUAUGUACCCAGCGGUGGCCUGGCCAUUGAGGCUGCGUAUUCUUUAUGAGAUCGCUUUAGGAGUUAACUUCCUUCACAACAUGACACCACCCCUUCUGCACCAUGACCUUAAAACUCAGAACAUCCUGAUGGAUGGGGAGUACCAUGUUAAGAUCGCUGAUUUUGGCUUAUCUAAAUGGCGCCAACUCUCGAUCACUAAAGGGUCCAGCUCCAAACCUGUAGAAAUGGGAGGCACAGUCAUCUAUAUGCCACCUGAGGAGUACGAACCUUCCAAAAACCGCAGAGCUGAUGUCAAAUAUGACAUGUACAGUUACGCCAUCAUCAUGUGGGAAGUGCUUUCAAGACGGAUACCGUAUGAAGAGGCCACCAAUCCCAUGCAGAUCAUGUUCAGCGUUCUCCGUGGAUCGCGACCCGACACGGGCCUGGACAGUCUGUCAGCAGACAUCCCCAGCCGAGAGACCCUCAUUAACCUCAUGACCUGCGGCUGGACCGCCAACCCAGAUGAACGGCCCUCCUUUCUCAAUUGUCUUAUUGAACUGGAGCCCAUGAUGAGAAGAUUUGAUGAGAUUGAUUUCUUGGAAGCAGUGUUGGAAGUCAAACGAAGUAAGUAUAUGAGGCCAUCAAGCUGUUGCUCAUCGACUCAAAAAAUUCAGGAAAAGAUUGUGAAGGAACCAAAUGUCCCUUGGCCAGACAACAGUUCAACAUCUGGAUCAGGAUCCUGCUCUUCCCAGGAAGCAGAAAUGUCCCAUCCGGGCUUCCUUACCAUAUCAAAUCCCUCUCAAGCAGGUGUGUCAGGUGCUCAGGCUGGUCCACAGGCAUCAUUAAUUUCCCUUCCACUUGAUGCUCCAAAGCCUCUUGUGGACCACUGCUCUCGGAACAACCUCAGUCCCGAAUACCAGACGGCGCAGCCUGUGUCCGACAUCAACAUACCUUUUAAACCACGUGCGCCUCAGAGUGAAAUUGACCUGGCUCUUGCCAUACAACCCCUCACACUGCAGCCACACCCACAAGAUUUUGUCACAGCAUCGGACACUCAAGGACUGGCGACUCGCUGGAUUGCUUCCCGAAGGGAGGAAAUCGUGCGGCAGAUGACGGAGGCAUGUCUCAAUCAGAGUUUAGACGCUCUGUUGUCCCGUGAGCUGCUGAUGCGCGAGGACUAUGAACUGGUCAUUAACCAGCCCACGCGUACCGCCAAAGUGCGGAAGCUUCUGGACACUUGCGAGCGGCAUAGCGAGGACUUCUGCCGCGUGGUGGUGCGGAAGCUCCAGGACAACAAACAGAUGGGCCUGCAUCCCUACCCUGACCUCAGCACCACCAGCCCUCCGCCGCCACCUUACACAGCCCCCAGUGCCCCCUUCCUCUCCAACUCUUUCAACAUAAGAAACUUCUGACCUUCUCCCAGCUCCCAAUCACUGCUCUUGAACCGGAGCUCUGUGAGUCCUUCUUUCAGUUAAGGAUGGUUCCUAUUCACACGCUCUUACAUUUGUUUGUGCUGCUUGGCCAAAACUUUGUGUGCCUGGACAAGUGCUUUUGCCCCAGUGGUUAAGGUGUUGGUGCCUAGUACACAUUUUUUAUGGUAUCAACUUGAACAUAUCGUACAAGGCCGACUUUGGUGAAAUAAUCACUAGGCUUGUGUUGGACGUAAUGCCAAAAUCCUUGAUGAAAGGAACGAAAAUUUAAGCAGUACGGCAGUUUGACCUUGUCACGUUUAAACCUUUAUUCCAGCCAUCAAAAGAAUCUGGUUGCUGCUACUUGGA